CAAUGCGUCAGAUAAAUACAAAACUUUGCAUUUUUACUCGGCGAUCCAAUUAUGCUCGUAAUAUUUUUUUGAAAUUCCAAUGGAAACGGCACGCCAAGUACGGAAAAACUCUAAGGAGAUAAAAGACGAGCCACCGUUUGAGCUAGUGGCUAUAAAAGAUGAUCCUGAUGCCGAUAUUUCACUUUCUCUAAUUCGAGAAGACUUACCGGAACGGAACAGCAGCGCAGUGCGAAUGAAGCGCAAAUUAAUGAGAUCACGGGCUGUGCAAGUGAAAUCGGAAGACAUUGACGUGAAUGUACCGGCGGUGGCGGGAGAGAAUGAGCCCAUUAAUCCCGUAGUGGGCGAGUCCACCGUUGCGCAGUGCCGAUUUUGCCUGCGCAGGGUGUUGCGAAGCAACCUGAAAAUCAUUCUCACCAAGCACAAGCAAAAGGCUCACGCAGCUUUCAAGAUCAAGAUAUUUCCUGGGGAUGCCUAUCCGUUUGCAUGUUGUAAUUGUCUAAAUCUGCUAGAUAUCAUGCUGGAUUUCAAAGAAGCGGUCACGAAAGCGAAACAUUUAUUGCUAAGCGAGCGAGCAUUUCUCGAGAGUGAAGGAUGGGACGAUAGUGAUUGCAUGAAUGCCAUUUCUAAGUGCAGAGCCGUGGUGGAACAGCACAAGAACCAGAUCAAUUGCUCUUAUCAAGAGCUUAUGGGACGCAAACAAACGGAAGAAAUGAAGAGAGAAGAGGAAAACAUUGAACUGCGAAAUGCAGCAAUUGAAGUUGAUAGUGAAGUUCAUCAAAAUAUCGUUGACCAGUCGAUUGAUUGCGUGGAAAUGCCCAAACAGGAGGAAUUAGAUAUUACGGACACGCUGGAAAUGGGAAUAGAAUCGGAACCCGACACUUUUAUGCCGGAUGAAAGGGAGGACAAGGAUGCAAAUUCGGAUCUUUCAAGCGCAACUGACACGGAGGAUGAAGAUUUUGAAGAACUAAAAAAGGUGAAACGAACCAGGAAAUCGAAAGUGAAAUCCGCAAGAGAUAAGUCAGCUGGUAAAGCAUCAUCCAGUACCCAAGAGCUGUGUGACCUUUGUGGACAGCGGGUUUGCGCCCAGGCGGCCGAAUCACAUAAAAAUCGUCAUCUUGGAAUUAAACCGUACACAUGUCCGGCCGAGGGCUGUGAUUUAACGUUCUACAGCCGAUUCAAUCAAACCUUGCACGUCAGACGCAUCCAUCGUGAGAACGGUGUACCAUCGCACAAGUGCGAUAUUUGCGGACGGUAUAUCCGGGGAGCGUUGGGUGUGCUAAACUACCACAAGCGCAAGCACCAGCAGACGAAGAAACACGAGUGUCAAUUUUGUGGUAAAGGAUUUACGAUGAUGCAGUAUCUGAAGCAGCAUUUGACGGUCGUUCAUUCCGAGGUGUUUCCGUACGAGUGCAGCUAUUGCGGGAAAAAGUUCAAACUCAAAUGGAGUAUGAUAACGCACGAAAAAAAUGUUCACGAAAAAAAGUACCAGGCCGCUAUGAUCCAGGAGCAACCCGACACCAACUGUCCUGUUCCGGGUGACACUGGGUAUGAUUAUGUUUGAAACACAACCGCUAAGCAUUUGGAAUAGAACAAAUAGUUCUAACGUUAUUAUUAUUACCCCUUACGUCACUAUUAGUAUCGAUGCUGCUAAAAAUAUAUACCUACCUUAAAAUCCCUAA